AAAGUCUAUCAUCUCGAAACAGACGCCUCAGUUAAACUCAUUCCGACGCCAAAGAUAAACUACCGACGCUCUAAUCAUGUCUGGCAAAAGAGACAAACAGCUGGAAUCUGAGGUUUUGAACUGGAUUUUCGAGGUUCUUGGGGAACCUGUACCAAAAGGGGAAUUCGAAGAUAUUUUGAAAGAUGGCGUUGUUCUAUGUAAUCUAAUCAACAAGCUGGCUCCAGGUUCCGUGAAAAAAAUCCAAUCCAAAGGAACGAAUUUCCAGUUGAUGGAAAACAUUCAACGGUUCCAAGCUGCUAUCAAAGCUUAUGGUUUGCCCCAGGAAGAAAUAUUCCAGACUGCAGAUUUGUUCGAGAGGAGAAAUAUUUCACAGGUUGCACUCUCGCUAUUCGCCUUAGGCCGUAUUACACAAAAGCAUCCUGAAUGGAAUGGACCCACAUUAGGGCCCAAAAUGGCUGAGAAAAAUGAGAGGCAUUUCACAGAUGAACAACUUAGAGCUCAUGAAGGAGAACUGAACCUCCAAAUGGGAUUUAAUAAAGGAGCAUCACAAUCUGGUCUGGGCUCCUUUGGCAAUACAAGGCACAUGUAGAUAAUUGAAAUAUUUCAAAAAAUAUUAUUUUUAUAUAUCUUCAACUGAAGUCUUGCACAUUUGAAGUAACAAAUAAUUUUCAAUGCUUCAUUUCUAGUUUAAGCUUACAUGUUGGAAAUUGUGUUCUUACAGAAAUAUUGCAAAAAAGUAUUAUUUUUAUAGUGUUAGUCUAUUAUACGCAAGCUACAAAUGUUAUUUUUGAGAUUCACAGUAAGACAUGUUGUAGACCUCAGAAAAUGUUGAAUCUUAAAGAAUAAAGUAUUUUAGGAUAAAA